GCGAAUCGUGGCUGCGCCGUCGUGCCAGGACGACUGCACGCGGUCGCUGCGAUGAAUGACAUCCCAGAAGCAACAUCGUGACUUGAUGGCAUUUCAUCGCCAGGUCGUCUCGCCGUUGUUUUCAACCCACGUGCUCGCUUUAAGUAGCAGAACAUCGCGAUGUAUCGUCAUUUGCAUGGCACACGUACGCGACAACGAGGAAUCUGCGCAGGGCCGGUGUUCUACCAUCUUCUUGGUCUGCAUAUGUACUUCUUGACAAUUAAGAAACUUCGGGUGGAAACAUCAGCGUCAUGACAACCCUUGCUUGGUUCAUGGUGCCGGCCAUCACCAUAUUACAUUCAGUAGCAGGCGGCAGGUACUAUCCACCCGGAAGAGGUUUCAAGAGGGCCCACGUCGCCGUAUACUAUCCGGACGAAUCUGAACUUGCUUUCAAGAUGCCGUCACGCAUAUUCAGAUGGCGCCCCUAUGCUGCUGUUACUAACAGCAUGAGAGAAGCAGAGGGCAAGCAGCCGGCCACUCCCGCCCAUGACGUUGCGGUCAACCAUUCCACGAGUCUCAUGAUCCGGAUCCGCGGUCACUACCUGCCAGACUUGGCUGCGGUGACCAUAGCAGACAUAGAGCGAAUCGCCAGCGCGAAGCUGGAGCCGGGGGUCCGGUGGUACUACAACAGCGGUGCCGACCAGGAGGAGACGCUCAAGGAAAACAAGGAGGCCUUCAAGAGACUGCGCUUCAGGCCUCGCGUGCUGGUGGACGUGUCUCGGGUGAGCACGACGACGACUCUGUUGGGACAGUCCGUUUCCAUGCCCGUCGGUUUCUCGCCCUCAGCGAUGCACCAGCUAGCGCACCCUGACGGUGAAAUUGGCACCGCUAAAGCCGCCGAAGCAGCUGGCACAGUGAUGAUACUGAGUUCGAUGAGCACCAUCUCUCUGGAGGAGAUUCGCCGCAGCGCCCCCAACUGCAUCCUUUGGCUGCAAACGUACCUCUACAAGGAUCGCGCCCUCACUGAGUCUCUGGUGAAGCGGGCCGCCGCCGCGGGGUUCUCCGCCAUCGUGCUCACCGUCGAUUCACCAGUUUUCGGACAGAAGGUCAUGGCCAACAAGUACCGCUUCCACCUGCCGACCCACUUGAGGUUCGGCACAUUGGAGGGCUCGCUUCCCACGGCGACUGUCAAAAACCACCCCGACUUCGACGCAUUCGUCGACGACCUCAUCUCGCCCAGCAUAGCCUGGUCAGACGUCGCCUGGCUGCGAAAUGUUUCCGGGCUGCCGGUUGUCAUGAAGGGCGUCCUCACGCCUGAAGCCGCCAUGAAGUGCCACCAGAGCGGAGCUGCAGCCAUCAUCGUGUCCAACCACGGCGGGCGCCAGCUGGAUGGCACCCCGGCUUCGAUCGACGUCCUGCCCGAGAUCGUGGAAGCUGUUGGCGGUCGCCUUGAAGUGUAUCUGGACAGUGGAGUUCGUACGGGCGCCGACGUGGCCCGGGCGCUGGCUCUAGGAGCUCGAGCAGCCUUCAUCGGCAGACCCGUAGUCUGGGGGCUCGCUUACAACGGCAAGUCGGGUGUGAGCAGGGUGCUUGACAUAUACAGAUCGGAGCUUGAGCGGACACUCAGGCUACUAGGGUGCCCCGACGUCACGGAGCUCACCCCCGAGUUGGUCGUGCAUAGGAGCCACUUUGCGUCGCCUCACCACCGGCCGCCAUUUCCUGCAGAAGGCAGCAGAAGCGGCGCGCCGGACUGGACGACUACGGCGAGCGAACCACUUUGAGGCCUGCGAACUGUGGAGCGCUCGAGCACUGGAUCGCGGGCGGUCAUGCAAAUCAUAGCAGUGCUCAGUGCUAACUUCAACGGGGCACCGACUUCCACUUGCCUAGAAGUAUUCUGAGAGGAACGUUCGACAGCUAUAUUAAAUGGUUUGAGGCUGAUCGUUGAGACGUACUGUCUCAAAAUACCGUGCGACACGGGCUGAAGAUGGGCUGGUUGGGGCAUGCUUCAAGGAUUCCCCAGCGUUGAGAAGAUAUGCAACUUGACGAAUAAGAAUACAAAGGAGGACACGGGCCAACGAAAGUGAUUUUAACAAGUACGAAAAGGUAGUUUCAUUCUUUUGGGUGGAAUGGCUUUUUUGACAGCGGAGAUAAUAAAGGUAAAACUUAGUUUUCUUGAACAUCACGCCGAAACCGCCACGCCCAUCAAUGUGAAGUCAUAGAUUUCAUUUGUAUGUUCUUUAAUAGAAAACAUUUUCCUAACAUACCAGGCUGAAUCUUAGUUCCUUUAGGGUGUGCAAUGUGAUCAUCCUUCAAGGAUAACUAAUUAACUACAUCCAAGCCGAGGCCGUCGGCUUCGUCCGAGACCCAUCGCGUUCCAUCGUUCCAAGCCAAGGCCCAUCGUGUUCCGUCUUUUGCGGCCCACCGAACGUGCUGCAGCCGACAUGGUCCCUUCGCUAUUCCAGAAGCGUAAUUUAUUGGUACAGAUUAGCUGAUGGUUUCGUCUCAUGCUAGUUUUCAACUUAUUUACACUGUGGCUGCGUAACAAUAAUUGGACGUUCGAGUAUACUCUACGAGGCUUGCUUCAGUGCUCGAAAUUGACUAAACGAUGCGAACAAGCGGAGGGAACAUGGAUUAGGGGCACGUGCGUUCUCGUGAUCCUCGUUGACCGGCGGUGGCUGCAGUUAAGACUGCAGUGCCGCGUCGCUGCAGAGAAUGAGGUUCAGUCUACGAUAUGACGAGUGCUCUGAAGAAAUAAAAAUCUCUUUUCGAGUC